AUGAUGAAGCAGCAGUCCUAAGAAAGAGCCAUGGUCGCCGCUUAGCUCCAGGACAGCGUGUCAGGCAAUCUCAAGUCCUACAUCCAAGACCUUAAGAAGGUAGCCACAACCAACAAGCAAAAGCGUGCAAUGAACUAAUAAUCACAGAGCUACCUAAAAUCCUAAAACCCUAACUACCCUUAAUCAACGAAAAAUAGUGGAAACAUGCAAAUGAUCUUUAUGAAUAAUCCGCUAGGAAUGAGUCAGAAUAUCAUAUAACAACAAAAUAAUAACAUGAACAAUAGUGCAAUGCUAAGCAAUAACAAAAUACUAAUAUAAAGUGAUCAAGAAUUAAUGUUAAAUUAAACAUAAAUUCUAUCGCCAAGAUAAAGCAAUAUACUAAGUAGUUAAAAUGGUAAUCUACCCCAGAGACCUAACAUGCUCAAUAAUAAAGCACUUGCUUACCUCAAUUCUAAAAAAGCUAAUUCAAUACUGAAAAGCUAUGAGGAAGCGAUUAAUACAAAUAAAUUUAUUCAAAAUCAGGGAAGUAAAAACGGCAAUAAUAAGCGUGGGAAUGGUAUGCCAGAAAACAGUUAGGCUAAUAUUGGAUUUAAUGAGCGUGGAAGAUCCUAACAAAAAUCUCGGGGAGGAAUGAGAAACCAUAAUGAUAUGGUCUUGCAAAGUGAAGAAUAAAAUUACCCCCCAUAUUCCGCAAUGAUGUCGCCUGUUAAUAUAAAUCCUCAAUAAUACGCUAACAUGAAAAGCUUGCUUGAAAAUAAUUUCAAUUAAACUUAGUAAAUAGGCAGCGCUUCACAGUAAUAGUAGAGACCAUAAAAAGAAGUCAUUAUCAGAAAAUAAUCAUCUAAAUCACUUCUUAAAAAUGCUAAAGAAGAGACUCCUGUUAAAAAGCAAUCAUAAUAGGUAAAUAGAGGCUAGCAAAGGGUUUUAUCCUAAGUGACAACUAACAGAUAGGAUUUAAUUAUUACAGACUCAACUGCUGGUCAAAUUACUAAUGAUACUAGCAGCAUGACAAGAUAAGGGGAUAAUCCACAUCAUAGAAAACUCGGAUCGCACAACUUUGUUAUCAAGACUAAUGCAUAAAACUCAGAUGCUGGAACAAGAUUUAGUGGAAAUGAUGAAGGUGAUAGUUAGAAGGCUUUAAUGAAAAAGAUACACACUUUAGGAAAUUCACUAGGAGCCCAUAAAAAGUCUCUCAAUAUUAGCUAGUAGUUUGGUGAUAGCAUCAACGAUCUUACCCUUGCCAAGACUGGAAAAAUUAACAAUCUCAAUUUGAGUAGUCUAUUAAAGUCUCAUCUACUGGAUGAUGAUGGUAUCGAGGACUUACAUUUUUAUUUUGUGAGCUUCAAUCAUCAUAAACAAGGCAUUCUCAAAUAACACGAAGUUGGAGCAAUCAAAGUCUAAAAUGAUAAGCAUUAAAAACACAAAAAAUCUAAUAGUAGCACUGCUGUCAACAUCAAACCUAAUACUAAUUUAUAGCAACCUAGGAGGGAUGAGAUAAAACAAUCUGAUAAGACCAUCGAAACAGUUGAUGAAGAGGAUUUGUUCUGA